UCACACUCUCGCAGCCGCAGCGAACGGUUGUUGUGGGAGUUCGUCGGCGUGUUUGCGUUUCGGUUUAGGAUUCCCAGUUUGUUGCCAGUUUGGUGGCAAAAGCGCAUUAAUUCGAUUAAAGUGCGAAGUGAAGAACGAAAAGUGCGGCUGAAAGGAAGUGCAAGUUGCAAGUGGAGUGCAGCAAAGCAGAGUAAAUAAAGUGCAUGCGAAUGGGUGUGGAAAGCAAAACGAAGUGCAAGUGCGUGCCAGCGAAUAAGAAGAAUACGAAGAAUAAGAAAUAGUAGGCGGCCGAAAAGGAAGCGAAGCAGGAUAGGCAGUGAAAAGUGCAACGAAGUGGGACAGAGGCAACGGCGAUAAAUCAACAGUGGAAAUCAAACAGAAAAUAUUCGGUGCCGCAUUUUCUACGUGACGCGAAAUUAAAUGCGCUCCUCCCUCCAUCUCGCUUGCACGCGCUCCCCGUCUCUUUCCCCCGCGCUCUUUGUUGAAACUUAACUGCGAGCAGAACAGGGUCAAAAUACGAAAUAAAAAAAAAACUAAAAAAAUAAUAAAAAAAAAAUAAGAAACACGUCGAGAGAAAUACUCGUGUAUAUAAAUUUCUAGGUAAUUCCUACCUUCCGUUUUUCGCGGUUAACGCGCGUGAUUCAUAAACUCGUCUUCAAGAUACGAAACCAAAAAAACAGAAGAGAAGCAAACCCAGUCUCGUGCAUUGAACCUGCUGACAACGCUGGGCACCAGGAGUCGCUUCAGCCAUGGAAAACAACAUCUGUGCAAUAGUGGAAUACGAAUACGCGGCCAAGGAGCCGGACGAGCUGGAUCUCCAGAAAGGUGCCAUCAUCCAUCGCAUCAAGCAGAUGAGCGGCGGCUGGUGGCAGGGCACCCUGAAGUCCACCGGCGUCACUGGGAUGUUUCCGGAUAACUUUGUGCGCGUGCUGGAGUCCGGAGUGAGCAGCAAUGGCAACGGAACCACUGGCAGUGGCGACCACAACGAGGAGGCAGCAGUAGCUGUGCAGCUGAGGGACAAAUCCGCGACAUCGAAUCGCCGCUGCAAAGUCAUCUACAGCUACACACAAGUCAACGACGACGAACUGACGUUGGCCGUGGGUGAUGUCAUUGAAUUCCUAGGGGAGGUCGAGGAAGGCUGGUGGCGCGGUCGUCUGCGCAGCAAAGUCGGCGUCUUCCCAUCGAACUUUGUGCAACAUAUCGAGCCGUCUCCCGUUUUGGCCUCCAAACGGCCACCGACAAUUGGCGCCACCGUGGCCACAUCGUCGCUGACGUCCAAGGCGGCCAAUGUGAGCAAUGUGGCGAAUGUGGCAGCCACAUCCACAGUACCAUCCGGCGGAGCAGUGCCUCCUGCGUCCACCGCCAGCACCACCAGCAACUCCACAACAAAGCAGGCGACCAAGAGCAGGGUAACUGCAGCAGCAGCAGCAGCAGCAACAUCUGCGCCAGCGGAGCCGGCAGCCAUAGUCUCGGGAUCGGGAUCGGGAUCAGCAGCGGGAGCAUCAGCUGGAGCAGCAGCGGCAGUGCCCAUGCUGCCACCCAAGCCCCAGCGGGAGUUCUGCCGGGUGGAAUUCCCCUACGCCCCGCAGAACGACGAUGAACUGGAGCUGAAGGUGGACGACAUAAUUGCAGUGAUCAGCACGGAACUGCCCGACAAAGGCUGGUGGAAAGGAGAAAUCCGCGGCAAAGUGGGCGUUUUUCCCGACAACUUUGUCAAAAUGCUGGCACCCUCGGAAGCAACAGCAGCUCCACCGUUGCCACGCCCACGUACCCGUCCCAGGGGCGGAGCGGGAACGGUGACGGCAUCCGGAUACGGAUCCGUGUCUGGGUCCGGAAUUAUAGAUGGGGUCCGUGCUCCACGGCGGACGCAGCGAGGCGGCUCUUUCGAGUUCUUGGGCUCGCGUAUGGCCAGCUUUAUCACCACGAUUUUUGCACCGAUCAACGAGCCACCGAGUGCCACACAGAUUGCGCAGAAUCAGAGGAAGAUCAGCAACACCGCCAGCACCACCAGCCACAUGACCACAACGAACUCUAGCAAUUCCAGCACCACCUCGGUGACCACGCAGCAGCAGAAGGAGCAGAUCGGAGGCAGUUCCUCCACCACAUCGAAGGUGUACAUCAAGAAGACCGGCAGCAGCAGCAACAGCACCACCAGCAGCACCACCACAGCUUCCUCCUCAGCGGGUCGUAAGGAGAGCUUUGGCUCCCGUGACUCCCUGAACGAUAUCCUGAGUGAAACGGGUCUGCCCACCGGCAAUGUGGCUGCCCAAAGGAAAUCCCUGGAGAACAAAAACCUGGACCUGACCAAGCCACCCGGAGUGGGUGCUUCAGUGGCCAUUGGACAGCAGAGAAGCAGCACCUCCAGUGCCACCACCUCCUCAGCCACCACAGUAACCACUGGGCUAACCUCAUCUGCAGUUAGCAAGUCCAUGGAGAAUAUGCUGGACGAGAAGGUCAAGUCGCCACCACCGCCGGUGCUCAGCAAGAAGCCCAGUGUGCCGCUCAAGAAAACUCCUACAGGCGGAGUUCCUGUAGCUGGUAACCUAUUGGGCGGCAAGAAAAAGAAUCCGGAGGGAAAGCUCACCACUGCCGUGUCCCAUGAUUUGGCGGAUGGUCUUGCGGCCAGCAAGAUGCUCUCAGGUGCUAAUCAACUGCCUGAAUCCGGAGCAGCUGGCAAUGUGGUGAUGCGGAGAGCUGCCACCAUUGCAGUCGAGGAUACGGAUUUCGAUCGCGUGGAGAGGUCUUCCAUACUUACGGAUAUGCGGCAAGGAAGGGUCAAGGCGCCAAAGAGGCGUCCCCCAUCGGCGGCUAUCAAUGUGCUGGGCGAAAGCAAUAACAAUUCCGUGUAUGUAAACGGCAGUGGAAUGUCGGGAUCCGGUGGAGCAGGAAGUGCCAGUGAGCUGAGUGAAGAUGGCGGUGCUGGAGGAAAGACUUCUGAUGACAAUUCCACCGGCGAGGAACCACAGUUGGCCAAACCGAAACCCCGGGAGUGGGAGAAGAAGAAGGCGCCCUGGAUGGAGGAGCUCAAGGCUUCGCAGGUCACCAGGAAAAAGACCUCGCCCAGUGUGGAGCCCCGAGGAGCUUCGGUGGCCGAAAGGACCUCCAAACUGUUUGCAGCCGAGCAGGCUAUCAGCAGUAAUAGCAGCAGUACCACAACGAAAGUGCAAUCUUCAGCGGUGACCUCCUCCAUGUUCGUGGAGAACUCAACGACCAGCAGCUCGGUGAUCACCAGCAGCUCCCACACCACCACCAACGAUGCCAUCAUGUCCCGCAGCUUGUCGGCUGCCAAAGUCCAGACCGCCAGCAGCGACGAGGAGACGAGAGCCACAAGGCCAAAUAGUUUAGCUAUACGGAAUCAACGAAGUGUUUCGCCCCUGGUAAAGAGCUCCAAUGCCAGCAGUUCGCAGUCGCAGGAGGAGAAGCCCUCCAAUCAGCUGAACAACCAUCAGGACGCCGGUUCCUCAAGGGUGGUGCAGCUGGAGCAACGGGUGGAUAAGCUGGAGGGGCUGGUGCUUAACCAACAGCGAACCAUUGAGGAGCUGGUGAAUGCUCUGAAAUCGGAAGCUGAACGCGUGAAGAUUUUGAGGAGCGAACUGGACAAAUACGCGCACAAGCAAACUCGUCGCGGGAAAUUCGACAAUUGGAUGUUUUAAUUGAUCAGCGGAUAGCGCCGUCAGAUCGAACGAUCCAGACAAAUUGUAAUCCCUUAGAGAUUUAUAACCCAGACCCGCCUGUACAGAAUAUUCCACUUUCUUUUGUGAUAAGCCUCUGCAUAACCAGCUUUGUAUCUGUAGUCUAAUCAAAUCAAUCUGCGUAGCUAGCCACCCGCCAUUCCCGAUUGUUAGCAAAUAUGUUGUGGUUUACUUGGAAAUAUCGCAUUUUGUACCGCUUAAAAUGUAAAUAUAAUUGUAAAUUAAUAUGGGAUAUUAAAUAAACAUUUCAUAUUUAGUAAAACAAAUGCCGAA